CUGUGAAGCGCCUUUUGCAAGAAGCUCGAGAAUUACAACAAGAUAGUUGUUGCGACUACACUGCACAACCUUUAGAGGAUAAUCUUUUUGAAUGGCAUUUUGUGAUCCGCGGGCCUGAUGGUACCGAAUUUGAAGGUGGAAGGUAUCAUGGGCGCAUUCUUUUGCCUUCUGAAUACCCUUUCAAACCACCUAAUUUAAUGCUUUUAACUCCAAACGGUCGAUUUGAACUAAAUAAAAAAAUUUGUUUAAGUAUCACUGGAUAUCAUCCAGAAUAUUGGCUACCAGCUUGGGGAAUCCGCACUGUUCUUUUGGGUUUGAUUGGUUUCAUGACAACCAAAGCUAAUGGUGCAAUCGGUGGAAUUGAUUAUACUGAGGCCGAAAGAAAAUUAUUAGCACGAAAAUCGCAUAAUUGGAAAUGUUUAAUAUGUGACAUAUCCAAUAUCGAUAAGUUACCAGAUAGUAAGAGUAAUACAAACCAAUCCUUAUCCAGUGUCGGAAACAUUUUAGAAAUAAAAGAAUCUAUAGUCAAUGAAAAUAUGCCACAAUUUUCUUUUGUAUAUGAUGAUGAGCGACAUGUGAAUGAUAAAGCUAGCAAUGAUCAUAUUUCAGAAG